ACUAUAUAAUAUUGAUAACUUAAAACAACGUGCAAAGAUAGAGAUGGAUUGUAAACUGAUAGUUUGUGGAGAAAGUUAUUCGGAUUCAAAAUUUAAGGGAUUUUGCAAUUGGAAUAUAUUCGAUGUCUUGCCCUAUUUUAGCGAAGGAAUGAAUGAAUUAAUGAAUGAAUGAAUGAAUGAAUGAAUGAAUGUUUUCUAAAAUAAAAUUUGUGUUUAAAUGGAAAAACAAAUAUUUUGAAGUUAAUACAAAUAUAUGAGCAAACAAGUAUAACAACCCUUGUUUGAAUACAUCUAUUUUCCUUUAACUUUCAUUUAUCACGUUGCUUCCUCUUACAUCUUACUCUCAUGGCGAGAAACAGACGCCUUUACUUAUCCUUAAGAUUUUUGACGCUAUAUAUACUUCAAGAGGCUUUAAAAAUGGACAGAUAUCAGCCACAAUGCUCAUUUUCAGCAUUGAAAACUUUUAACUUUACGUGUUUUUUCAGCAAUUUCAGCAAUGGAUACAAAUCCAUAGAGAAAUAAGUCACCUCAGAGUAUUUCAUAUUUCAUAAUGACUAAGAAAGGCGGGAAAGAAAGCGAAGCACGACUGCGUGUUGAUCCAGUUCUCGUUGACAAAUUCCGUCGGCUUCAGGGCGGAAUUAAUGAGGUUGGAACAAAAAUCGUACAAGACCUUGGUCUGAGGUACCAGUUUGACAAAAGUAGGGAAACUCUUGAUCUUAUCGGACCGGAUACAGAAAUAUUAGGACUAGCUGUAGAGACCCUGAGGUUUUGGGUUGAGGAUGACGAGUUUCCCGACACAGGUAUAACUUGUCAAGUCGGAUAUCCUAACAGAUCUACCAUAAUAUGGCGUUUCCAUGGAGACUUUGCCAAGAAGUUUGAUCACUUGUUUGCUGAGGACAUAUCUAAGCUGAAAUUAAUCCCAUCUGUUAACAUUAAGGCUGUUCCGACGAAACGAAAUCCAGAAUACGUUGAACUUUAUUGUCACUUCUCAGUUUACCAUCAAGUAAAGGGCGACGUGAGAAGAAUUUCAAAAGAGCUUGGAAGAAUUUGUCAAGAUGACUUCUUCAUUCCUAAGUCAGAUUCCAUGAAAGCACGAGAGUUCGCGAGAUCAAAGAUAGAUGAUAACAAGGUGCUUUACGCUUUGAAAGAAUAUCCAGAUAAUAAAGUACGUGUAUGGAUAUUUGCAAGAGAUCAGUUGGAUGUCAUUCGUGCAAGGAAAGAGUGGGUUCUUCAUGUUGGAAUACUUGCCAGAGAAAAUGAGUUCACACAAACUGUAGCUAAAGCAAACUCUAUCAGGUCGGCAUCAUUUUAUGGACACCCGGCGUCCGAGUUAGCAAGUGAAAUGUCAGGUCCAACCCAAAAAGACAGUUUUAUGAUGGUAAGAUCGGACAAACAAGAAUUAAAAUCGAAGCCAACUGUUCAAACAACGUUUAAUUUAAGUACAUCUAGAUCAAGAUUGACGAGCAAAUCGAAAGCUUCUAAUAAAAGCAUAAGCUCCCGUCAAACACGUGCUGAUAAUCCAAACUUCCCUAGACCUCCAGAUUUUGUUUAUCCUAUACAAAGAGAUCCAACCCAAGAAGAAAAUGUGAGCAAUACUAACGGUGAUGCUGAACAUGUUGUGACUAAUCCAUUCAUUGCAAAUGCAGAGUUCAUUGAGGGCUUUAAUAUGGGCGGACCUCUAGAUUCAACAAAUUUACCAAUAGGGGAAGCAAAAUGGAUCAAAGAAGAAGACACAAACCUUUAUCCUACAAAACACUACGGCCAUCCUAUACCAAAUCGUAUUUAUCUUCAUCGCGAAGUAGAUGAUCCAAAGGUUCAAGACCAACAAUCGUCACAAAUGAAUAUUCAUAACGGGACAAAACCUGGUGGUAAACUAAUUGUUCAUCCGGAGAAGAACUUGGUAGAAAAUGAAAGAUAUAAACCUACACAUCAUUCGAAAUCCGUGUUAACGAGCGUCACAGAUCCACGACAAGCUCCUGCUACCAGAAAGGGAAAUAAAGGAAUUCGACCGGGUGAAAAGCCGACGGCUAGGAAAACGAACGUUAAUGCAUCCACGCGACAGAAACGUCCGGUGUUAAAGGCAAAGAAACCAGCGUCAAAUAUACGGUAUAAUAUUAACGUGAAUGGUUUAGAUAUAUUCAUGUACAAGAAAAACAUAUCAAAAUUGACCAACAUGGAUGCCCUUGUCAAUGUAGUCUCUUCAAAUCUUACAGAAGGAGAUCAAAUUGCUACUGACAUUUUCACAGAAGCUGGCAAGAAGAUCCUAGACGAGCUUGAUGUCCAUUUGCGAUUACAUGGGGAGGCCAGAAUGGGUGAAAACGUUGUUACCUCAGCAGGUCGACUUCCGGCGUUAGGUUUAAUACAUGUGGUGUCUCCAGUCUGGAAGAAAUAUACCGUUUGGGAAGACUGUGCUACUGACCUACAUAAGGCUCUCUACGAUACUCUGAAAACGGCUGAGACGCAUAAGUAUAGGAGGAUUGGUAUUCCAACGAUAGGAUCAGAAUCGUAUUUCGGGAUACCAAAGGAUCUGGUGGCUGAAGUAUACGUGAAGGCGUUAAUAGAUUACAGUAUGGGUAUGGGCCCCAUGUACCCAGUACUAGAGAUACAUCUUGUAGACUCAGAUCCCAACAUGCUCACCUAUAUCAAAGAUGCUUACGAGAGCUGGGCAUCCAGUCCUGGUGUUGCUGACAUGACUCACCACAUAACAAAAAUUGAAAGUGACCCUAUGAUUAAUGACGUAAACGAGAUGUCCAAGCGUUCCCAGAGUGCGGUCAGUCUCGGCUCCAUGCCCACACACCGUAGUGAGAACAUGGUUACUUUUGUUGGUCAGUCGUAUACCAAAGAUGGGGAACAAAAGUGGACCUUUGAUGUACUGAAAAAGCUGGCAGUCCAUGUCUAUACCGGCUCUGUUUUGAAGUUGGAGAACAGUGUUGAGGCGAUCGUGUGUGCUGUAGACAUCAAUAUGAAGGGUUCUUUGGCCAAACAGAUACAGGCUUUAGGUGGUAGAGCCUACAAAAUAUCCCUGAAAAAUGCAAGAGGAAAUCGGUCUCUUGUUGAAGGUGAUGUUUUAAUCAGUGACGCCGGUGACCUGGGCAUGCGCAAAAUAAUUCAUAGUGUUAUAGCCGCACCCAUUCAUCAUAUUAAUCAGAACAACAUAUCCCGGCUAGACAACAUAAAUACACAAGUAUUCUAUGAAGCCAAUCAGCACAGAGUAAGGGUACUUGCAAUGCCACUUAUCGGUACAGGAAGACUCAGAGAACGACUUGAGAUAGAACAGUGUAGUUUGCAGCUUAUUGAUAAUAUCAUAGAGUUAUGUCUAACCCUCGGCAGAAGUCUGAAAUUAAAGGAACUACAUCUGGUCAAUACUAAUCACGUGAUGACUCAAUAUCUGAACCAAGCACUGAGAACACGUGCGCACACAAAACUCAGAGUUGAAAAUGAGCCAAAUGUUCCAUCAAGGCAAGAUGUAUUAACGAAGUCUGGAAGAAUUCGUGGGACUCCAGACAGACUUUCGGCCAGGAGCGUGCGUUCAAAAGGGAGCAGCAAUAAAUCAAUGGGAAAAACAACUACAAACAAAGCCAAUGAGGAUAGGAAAGAGGAGUUAAAAGAUAUCCCUAGUGAGGAAACAAAUAAGAAAACAAACAGAACUGUAAAUGCCAAAGACUCAAAUCAUGAAAAGAUAAAAGAAAAUAUUGUAGAGAAUGGUGACAAAGUAAUUUUAGAUAGGAAGAAAGAACCAGUCCAGACAACAAAUGACACUUCCAAAACUCAUAAGAAACCAUUCGAAUACGUUUCAGACAGUAAAAAGAAUGUCCCGUACCUUUCUAAGAAUAAUUUGGAAAAACAUAAUCGUCUGGUUCAAGGUGCUUGGAAAAAUAAAGAAAAUGAAAAAGAAAAUGAUGAACUCUCGAAAGAGCUUAAACGACACCAUGAGCUUACGCCAUUAGACAAGGAUCUGUUGCUUAAAAAGGCUAAAGCACGUUUGACAGACAGAAAGGCUGAACAUGCAAAGAAACAGCUAAGAAAAAAACACAGGAUUAUUCAGAGGUCCUCUGAUUUCAUUUUCCUAAAAUCAAAAGCUGAUUCAUAUAAGACAAUUUUUGAAAAGAAACAAAAAUAUGCUGAAAUUUCUCACCGAGAAGAGCAAUUGAAUCUAAGGAAAACACAAAGCAGUGAUGAUAUCUGGAAGAAAAAGAUUGCUGAUGAGGUGUUUCAGACAUUUAAAGAGGAAAGAGAAAAACUCACAAAACAAAAGCAGUUAGACGAUGGGGAAACUGCGUUAAGUACAAAACAUAAUAUAGAAAACACAGACGAUCAAGGAAACAAGAGGUAUUUCACUCGAAAUACCAAUGACAGAUAUAAAUCUAAACCUCAUACAGAUGAUGUCAAUGAAAGGUUUGAAAGUUUUAAUAGAACUAAUGUAAAUGAGAUAAAUCAUGGUGAUAAAAGUCACUUGAAAAUUAAUACAAGUAGAUCUGAACAUCAAAAAGGUUUGCAAAAAGUAAAUAAGAAAAGACGUGAAAGAUAUCUAAACGAUAUUGACCGCGAAGACCAGUACAUGAUGGAUAUGGACUUCCUUGCUAAGGAGUUUGAAGAAAAACUAAAUGAAAAGAAAUUGACAAGCACUGGUGAAGGUAUGAGUUCAGAAAGGGAUAGACUACAAGAUCGUCGCCCAAGUAAUAGCCGAAACAGUGGGCCAAUGACAUCAGACAGAUUUCCGGAACUUAAAUCGCCUGACAAGGAUGGGAAUAGUGAAGAAAACUUUCAACUAUCUUCUACUCCUAAGAGUCAUUUAAAGCCUUAUCAUGGAACGCCUAAAAUAGACCAAGAUGAAGAGGAAAUGGACACACAUAAGACCAGUAAAUCGAAAAACAUACGUCAGGACAUUAACAGUGGUGACAUUUCAAAGUCACUCAUUUCUCCAGAGAAAUUUGAUGAUGACAUUGCUAUGACUAAUGGAUUUGCCGCAGAGUCAUUACAUGCAGCGACAAAUUACGAUAAACAUUUUGAUGCAGAACACGAUAAAAAGAAACAAGCAUCGUAUGAGGAAAUAUCCCGGAAGAGGGCCAAGAAACUGAGCACUAAUAAAGAGAAGGGUCUGCAGAAUUCUUCAUUUAUUUCUAAUUACAAACAGAGGAAUGAGCAGCGUACAGGGAGGGCCCACUUUAUUCAGAGCUAUAAUAGUACGCCGAGGCAUUCUGAUGAAAUUCCAAAAGUGACAAAAACAAUAGAAUGGAAAAGUAGUAAGAAAGUUGAUAAAGAAUUACUUGAUCGUUUCAACGAACAACGAAGAGCAAGGAAAACUCCGAAGGCAGAUGAAGUUACAAUAAGAGAUAAACUAAAACUUGAAAUCAAUGUUGUAGAUAAGAAAAUAGAUAACAGUGAGCAAAUAGAAAGAGAGAAAAGGAAAAUCAAACGAUUCUGGCAGGCUGUGGAUGGAGAUGAAGUAAGAGACGAAAAAGAAAUGUUUGGAGAUAUAGAUGAGAAAGAAGAAAAAAUGCUAGUUGCAAAAGUUACUAAAGAAAGAAAAAUGUCAUCAAAAUCUAAAACUAGCAGACUAAGUAAAGGUAGCCUCAUAACACACACUGUAGGCGAUUUUAAUGUCACUUUAGAAGUUGCCAAUUAGUGAAAGCUUAAAAAGAUGGAAGAGAAACG